UCUAGCGUUGUGUCGGGUUCGGAUGUUCAAAAAAACAAAAGUGCUUAAAGCCACAAUAACCAUUUUAUUGAAAAUAUCACGUAAAUUUAAUUGCUACCAGUAUUGAAAUUUCAAAAAGAAAUAAAGAAAAAGUCACUCUGAUACCAUUUCCCAUAUGUUUAAUUUGACGCGAUUCGGUUUUGACCAAAUGCUAUGUGAAUGUGUUUCAAAACUUCGACUCAAGUGGAAUUUGAUUUGAAUUCGUUUUUGAAUGUUUCUCAAUAUUUUCAUUGAGAAAUUUUUGAGAAUUAAAAAAAAAGAAGUUAAAUAAAAAUGUGCUGAUAUUGUGCCUGGAUACACUUUGGAUUAAAUAUCAUCUGCUGGAUGCCAGUGAAACACUUGACGGGCUCGAGUGUUUCAAAUGGAUUCACCUCACUGCUUUUGCUUCUUCUCAUUUUGUCCAAUAUUUUUGUAUUUGGUGAGAAGGAUCUCGCAGUCUCUGAUGAUGAUGGUGAAUACAAAUACAACAACGAUAACAAUAAUUCAGAAAACCUCAUAGACACGGAUACGGAUACAGCCACAACCACAGAAGAAGAACACCAACCUAUUUUUGACUUUGGUAUGCCACGGAAUAUUUCAGCUAGAACAGGACAAGCGGCUUUAAUUAAAUGCCGUGUCGAUAAUUUAGGUGACAAGUCGAUAUCUUGGAUACGUAAGAGAGACUUGCAUAUCCUUACCGUUGGAACCUCAACUUAUACAUCCGAUGAACGCUUUCAGGUCACCCAAACGCAGGACUCAAAGGAAUGGACGCUGCAGGUAAAAUUUCCCCAGCCCCGAGAUAGCGGAAUCUACGAGUGCCAAGUUAAUACGGAGCCAAAGAUUUCCAUGGCAUUUCAACUGAGUGUUUUAGUUACACCACCCCAUGCAAAAGCUGUUAUUGCCGGCCCACCUGACCUGCAUUUCAAAGUUGGCAGCUCUAUUAUCUUAACCUGCAUUGUUAAACAACCCCUCAUAUCAACGAAAUUGGCCGGGCAGAUCCAUUGGUACCGAGGCGAAGCAAUCCUUACACCCUUUAACAGCCAUCCAAACGAAGCAUUUGCCAACCUAUCCCAAAGGAUCUCAAUGGAGUCACAAUUAGGAGAUACACUUAAAUCAAGGCUAAGGAUAUCAAAUGCCCAGACAUUGGAUACAGGGAAUUAUACUUGCUCACCGACGACAGCGAAUAGUGCCAGCGUAAUGGUUCAUGUGAUUAAUGAUGAAAAACCAGCAGCAAUGCAGAAGAGCAAAGGAAACAGCCUGUGGAAUUUAUGGUCGUCAUCGUCAUUGUCGUCAUUGGCCAAUAUUAUUAAUAUCAUCGAAUUAUUAAUUUGCUUUGUGUUAUAGUGUAACUGUACUGUACCUUGUUAAAUCUUAACAAAAUUUAAAAAUUCGAAGCAAGAAGAAAAGAAAAACACUAUUAUAAGGAGUAGGGAAAUUAUAAUAAACAAAAAAGAAAAUUUAAACUAAUUUAUGACUUUAAGAAUUUGUACAAAUAAAAAUUAAAUGAAAUUUAAAUU